AUAUACAGUACACCUGGUUAAGUUAGUUUCAUUUAGUUUCGAUCUUACGAGAAGCGAUGAAGGGAUUACAAAUGCAUUCCCUGGUGAGGCUCUGUUGCCUCUUCAUAGCAGCCGUUUAUUUGGUGUCUGCCCAGCCUCCUGUACCAACAUUAAUAAGUGAAAAACCAAUAGCAGGUGGGUCGGGAUCAGCAAUGGGUCAAGGAUCAUAUAUGCAAGCAUUUAGAAAGUUUUUGAACCAGUUAUUAAAUGACUACAAACAGAAAUUAGAAACUGGGCUACAAGCUUUGUUACCGGUACAGGUAGCUAACAGUCCUUGUUUGUCUACCACCGAAAAAAGGAAAGAGUUUUUUGAAGAUUUGAGAGAGUAUUUUGGUUUAUCUUCUGGUGAAGAUGAAGAUGACGAGGAUGAAUCAACCACCAAGAAACCCGAAGAAGAUAUGGAUUCCGAUGAUGAUUUAGAAAAGUUCACGGAUUCCACCCUGUCGUGUAUUAAAGAUAUGUUAGGUGCAGACAUAGUUGCAAAAAUGUGCAAACAAAUAUCUAAAAAUCCAGCCAGCAUCAAGAACUUCAAGAAACUUCUUGCUGCAGGUUUUAAUUGUAUACAACAUUUACGUGAUGAUGGUGAUGAUUUGGACCUUGACGAUGCACAGCAAGAUGCUUUCCUCGAUAAACUUCUUGAGAAAGAUGUUGAAGAUUGGACUGAUGAUGACUUAGGGGAAGCUUUGAUAGGAGCCCCGGAUCUGAUAGACGAUGAUAUAAUUGAGGAUCUUCAAGAUUCUGUUUUUAACAACAAUUUAGAUAAACUAGUUAAUCUUGCGAAGAAAGGUAAAGGAAGUCCGAAUUUAGCUAUUGCCUUACGAGACCGAAUAAAAAAACGAAAAGCACCAAGUCAGCUAACUGCUGCUGAUAUUAAUCAAUUAGGAGGAGGUAUUCGAUUUUUAGAUGUAGAUGAUCUUGAUGAAAUAGAUGAUGAUGAACUUGAUGACGCCGACCUCGACUUCGACGACCUUGAUGACGAUGAACCAUUAGGAUUAGCCAUUGGAAGAAAAUUAAAGAAAAAAAAUAACCAACCCAAUAUGGUGAAUGCAACGACUCUUAGAAGAAUAUUUAAAUUCAUCAAAAGUGACCGCGGAUACUUAGCUGGCCUUAACGCAGAAGCUUUAGAAGAUGCUCUAGAUGACAUUAAUGAUGAUGAUUUAGAUGAUGAUGAGGCCAGUUUGGUGUGCAAAAAAAUCAGGGAAUCUGACGCGUUUGAUGAUCCUUCUACAAUCACUGGAGAACAAAUUCGAAGAUUGGGCAAUGUCCUAAAGGGUUGUGGCGAAGACUUCUUUGUAGAUCUUCCACCUCAAGCUUUGAAAGGAGCUCUAAGUAGGAUUAAAGAUAUUGAUUUUGACCCAUCCGAGGCACGAGGAAUAUUCCGAAAACUUAAUAUGGGCCAGACAAAUACCUUCACUGCUACCACUAUUAGAAAUCUGGACAAACUAAUGAAUGGUCUGAACACUGAUGAAUUAGAUGACAUUCCUGAUUCAGCUCUAGUUGGAGCUUUAGAUGUUCUUGAUGACAUUGACUUUGAUGAUGCAGCCGAAAAGAUUCUUGUCGAAAAGAUUAAAAAAGGUUCAAAUGGACGGAUCCCCACGGCUUUAUUCAAGAGUGAGAAAUUUCAAGAAAUAAUGAGUUUAGAUGAUAUAGAUGAUGUUGAUUUGGAAGAUGUAAUGGCACAGCUUACUGCAUUAAGUAGUGUGAAAUGGAAUCCGAUCCUGGCCAAUCAACUUGUACGUAAAAUGAUGGCACAAAACACCGCUGGCAUGAAAAUUGGUGCCACUGAGAUUGCGACUUUAGGUAGUCUAGUUGUCGGUCUGUCAGAAGAUGAUAUUGAAAAUAUUAAAGAUGAUAGAGAUGACGUCAUGGCUACUGCUUCUAUUCUUGGUGAACAUGAUGAUGACCUCACUGAUGGACAGAGUGAAAGUAUGGCUGAUAUGAUAGAGAAGGUAUUAGGUGAUGGAUCGAUUGAUAUGGAUGAUACUGAUGCUUUAAGAGCCGGACGCUUUAUACCAUACAUGGACGAUGAUGAUAGUGAUAAAAUUCGAUUCACACCAACUGGUGGUAAAGCUUUUGUUAACCUGUUAAGUAAAGUUUCUAGUUCGAAACUCAGUCUUAUGAAAAUGAUGUAUUUGGCCAAAAAAUCCAAACAAUUGCUGAAGGCUGCUAAAAAACAAGGAGAAGAUGAUACCUUAACAAAAGAAGAUGUACGAAGUAUGAUUGGUGCCCUAUUGGGUUUGUCUGCAGAUGAUAUUCGUGGUUUGUCUAAAGACGCUUUUCUAGGCAACUUGGAUGCUUUCAGUAAACUUCCAUUAUCCAAAGAACAAGGAGAAGCACUCGUUGAGAAAGUAGAGGAUUUUGAUCCGGAGUACAACUGUAAGAGUGAUAGAUUAUCACAACUUGGUUCCAACUUGCAAUACCUACCAGAAGAUAAACUAAAGGCUAUUUGCAAAGCCCAGCUGUCAGCUGCCGCGUCCACCAUUAUCAAGAAAAUGGAUAGCGUAGAUGAUGAGAGAGAGGAAAGAGUAAAGAAUGGUUUUGGACGGGAAGAGACAGAUGAUACUACAGAAAGACAAGAGAAAGUUGUUGAAAUUAUUAGAGAAAGUUUAACAGUUACGGUUGCAAAUGGCAGACGCAGAAGAGCCGUCAUGGGCCUGAAGUGUGAUGAGGUUAAAAUUAUGGGUAAACAAGCAACCAAAAUAGCAGUAGAUGAAUUCUCUGCCAUGGCCGAGGUUGAAUUCUCCAACUGCUUAGAAACACUUGGUCAACUCAGUGACUGGUCACCAAAUCAUUUAAGUGUUCUUAUCAAAAAGGCGACAUCGUCAUUAUAUGAUCACCCUUCAUGGAGUGUUGAUACUAUUAAACGUAUUGGUAGUAUUAUAGCUGGUUUAUCAAGUACAGAAAUCUCACAACUUGCUCUUACCUCUGUCGAUGCUAUGCACAGUACAGGAAAACAUGGCUUAAUGUCCAUUAGUCAGUUGAAAGCUGGUUUUGCCAAAUGGUUAGGUGAGACAAAGGGUGGAAAUGCUGCAAUGAUAAGUGGGGUCGAGUUAUCGUCUCUUUCUGAAUUUGUGUGUGGAGCAGAACUACCACAUAUCCAAAAAUUAAAUGUUGAUGCCUUUAAACAAGCCGUGCGCACUAUUGGUAAUGCCAAAUCUUGCAACCACGAUCAACUAAAAGAAUAUGGCAAAAAAGCUGUUGCUGCGUAUGGUUCCGAUGUUAAGACAUGGUCUCCACCAGUUGUUGCAGACCUAGGUAGAAUAGUUGGUGGUUUAGAAUCAACACAUGUCUCUAUGAUGACCCCAAGUCAGAUUAAUAUGAUACGGCCUGAAAUUAUUCCUCGUUUACCAUCACAAACACUUGGGGCAUUAAAGGUGGAUCAGUUCAACCAGUUCAGCAGUAACCAAGCCAACUCUGUUACCCAGGCACAGUAUGAUUCUCUUACAGCAGCUCAACAAUCAUCACUACGAGCUAAAGCAUCUAUCUCCUUUAAAGGAAAUGGUCCAGCAGGAGGUGUUGAUAGUGUCAGUCCCGUUGGUUGUCUAACUCUAUUAAUGAUGGCAUUCAUCACUUCAUCCUUACUGUAACCAUGGACGCUGACAGUCAAGUGAUACUUCGAUAAUCUUUUUAAUCCGUUUUGUUUUUGUUGUCUGGAUUAUAUUAUUAUGCUUUCAUUUCAUAUUAAUAGCGGCUUUUAAUGAAUCACAGAUAAAAAAGGAGCCUGAUUUCGUUUUGUAUGUACAUAGUUUGUAACUUACUGACAAAGUUUAUUGACAUUUACUUUGUGUACAUGAUGCAGUUUUGAAACGAUGUCGAUUAAAGCAUUUUGGUCCAUCAGAUUUCAAAUUGUCUGCGGAUACAUUAAGUAACGAACAAAUGUCAUUAGCCUAAAAACUAAGAUAACUGGUAGAAUUUUUAUAAAAUAGAAAUUCGUCCCCAAUGCGACGAGCCGGCGUCUUCCUGUCUCCAAUAAUCACAAUUGGCUUAAUUAAUUAUACAGACUUUACCUUUCUUAAUAUUGUGCAUUAUCAAAAUCAAAACCAACGUCUCUAAUUUCCUAAGCUGAAAAAUUGUAUAAAAGAUACAUUUUAUCCGUUUAAAGUGCUAUUUACCGAAUUUUUGAUACUUAAUAAAUUAUAUUAAUACUCCGUGUGAUAUAAAAAAAUUGUAAUAACUGUUUUAUAUAUUUGAGAACUUUUAACAUUACAAUUAUAUCUGUUCAUUUUUCUUGUUCUGUGUUGAAAUGUGUGCCUUAUGUAGAAAACAAUAUUAUUAUAUUAUAUUAAUAUAUUGAAAUGGCAGUUAUAAUUAUUCCAUUGAUGUUGCCGUGAUGUAACCACAAAAGCAUUCCCAUUAUUUUCUUAAUUGAUCUAAUUUGUCCAUGAAUGAGUAUAUUGUAAAUAUGUAUUGUUACUCCACCUAUCAUUGUAUAGU